AUGGCCAAGCAAAACAUCCAGGAAAUUCUCGACGCUAUUCCACUGAAAUAUCGUGGACCAGGUGGCGUAGCUGCAGUCCUCAAGGAUGGCGAGCUGAUCGGGCAACGCGUAUGGGGUUAUGCCGACGUCGACCAGCGCAUUCCUCUCACCCCUGAAAUCCGGAUUCCAAUCUGCUCUAUCACGAAGCAAUUCGUUUGCGCCUUGCUUAUUGAUCUCCAACGCAGCCCGACACCUGCCAUGGUCGCCAAAGGGGACAUUCAGGCCCAGUUUCAGGCGAAGUUUCGAGAAUUGCUUCGUCCGGAGUUGACUCAGGAUAGCGGUCUGACCCUCCAAAACCUGUGCGAUAUGCAAUCCGGUCUGCGGGAUUACUGGGCCAUGACUGCCCUUUGGGGUACCAAGCCAGAGGACGAGUUCCUGGUAGAACGGGAUUGUCCGCCAAUGGUGGAUCGGACCAAGUCCUUCCACUUCAAGCCUGGCACGGAGUAUUCUUACUGCAAUGUCAAUUUCUAUAUAGUUGCCCGCGUCAUUGAGCACGUUACUGGAGAGUCACUUGGAAAGUUGCUUUCUGAGCGGAUUCUCAAGCCGGCGGGGAUGGAAACUGCGUUCCUCUGCCCGGACAAUGCUAAUCUCCCGCCGCCAUGUCUCGGCUACGAGGGGACAGAACAGAUAGGCUUUGUCCCAGCUGUAAAUCGGAUGGAAUGGUCUGGUGAUGCGGGAUUGACGGCAUCACUGACGGACAUGGUUGCCUGGGAGAAGCAUCUGGAUCGCUUAUUUGCCGACUCGGAAAGUUGGUACCAUAAAGUCGCGCAGGGCACCACAUUUUCCGACGGUGCACGAGCCAGUUAUCACUACGGACUGAUUCAUGUCAACUUUGAUGGCGUCGAUACAUUGGGCCAUGGCGGUGCGCUUCGUGGCUACCGAAUUCAUCGACGUCAUGCUUUGAACGAGCGCCUAUCAGUUGUGGUUAUGUUUAACCACGAGGCAGACGCAUCAGCCGCCGUUGAGGAUAUCAUGCGCGCUGUUUUGGAUAAGCCCAAGCCAAUUUUUGCUCCUGUGGAAGCCGAUAAUGCUUGGGUUGGCAGCUUCCUUGACGAGGAAACUCAAUUGUCCAUUACUGUUCGCAACGGACCAUCCAUCGGGGAGCUCAUUGUCUCCUACGAGACUGACCCAGAAACCAUCAAACUGACCGAUCCCACUCAUGGUGAAGCUCCUGGAGUAUUCGCAAAUAUCGAAAAGGACGUUUUGUACAUGCAUCGCGUUACAGAGAACAGAAAGCUGGUGGCUCGACGCCUUGUCCCGCGUGAUACUAUACUCAAAGACAACUCGCUUCAAGGCGAUUAUAAGUGUGCGGAAGUCGAUUCUGUGUUCCACUGUGUUGGUGAAGCAGGCAUGUUAUAUGGAGCAUUUGAUGGUUAUCUUGGCCAGGGAACCGCAACUGCCAUGAAAUAUCUUGGUGAUGAUGUUUGGGCACUUUGCUGCCCCCGGGGCUUGGAUUCACCAGCGCCGGGUGACUGGACCAUGGUUUUUCACCGUGAUGAAAGCGGUGCUAUCGUUGGCUUCAAGAUCGGAUGUUGGCUAGCCAGGGGAAUUGACUUUGUCAAAGUUUAA